AUGACAUUUUGGUUGAUUAAUUUGGAAUCAGACAUAAUGUUAGGUUUCAUACCUUAAUCCCCGAAACUCUCAAUUUUUGUUGGUGUCAUCUUUUGGAUCAUAAAUAUACUCACUAUAAUAGUGGAAGAAUCCUAUAUAAUUGAUAAUGACAAAUAGGGAAUAUUUUGUUAUGAAACUUUGGCAGCAGUAUUUGUAGUUUAUGGAAUUUUAGGAUUGAGUUAGUAUUUCAUUGUUCAAAAAAGAAUUCGUGAUUCUUCUGUCUAAAUAGCUCCAGAAGAAUAAUUAACACCUUAAAAAACUGGAUAAUCAACUAUGAAAUCUCCCUUAAGAACUGUUAUCACUUAGAAUUCACAUAGAAAAUAAUCUCGACUUCUACCAUUAGCUACAAAUUUUUAGAAACGUUAUUACAAAGGGUUGUUUUUGUUUAUAACAAUCUUUGUCAUUCAUUCCUUAUUAUUUAUUCAUCAAACUACGGCACUCGUUACUUUCAAGGUUGCCUUAUCGUUGCAUAUCAUAUUGCUUACCUAAUUAUUUUCAUCUGUGCUUAUCAAUUUUUUUACUAUAAUAUCGAUAGGAAAUUUGCUGUUAAAUUUGUACUCAAUAAAUGUUUUCGUAAAAUAUUAUGGAAAUAACACUUUUUAUACAGCCUUUAUGAAUUUUCUAACAAACACAACAGAAAUAUAUAUAUUUUCUUUGAAUUUGGCUUUGAUCAUGUCAUCUAUUAUCGGGUUACUGUUUGUUAAUGAUUUAGUUAGUUAGAUUUUAUUCUACUUUUAUCUCUCAAUCUUUGGAGUUGCCUUUUUAAUAAAAGUAUAUCAAAAAGUAAAGGGAGAAUGA